UGAUGCUUAACCAAAAUCUGCCUGUCGAACUCGGCUCGAAAUUCGGUUCGGUCGGGGGUUUACCGCAAACGGGCUUGCGAGGAUUUUUGAAUCAAGUUAGUCGAUUCCGUUACUCGACGUCGUUGACAUCUCAAAGCUAUGUUUGUAGUCUGCCGGUGGGUGAUCAGGUAUGACGCCAUAAUCCUGCUCUGGUAAUUGUGGUGUUAAUUGUUUGAAUCCGGUCAUCCGGUUUGUUGACAACUGCGGAUCAAGGUGACAAAUGAAAAGCAAUUACGGUGACGGGCGAAUAACUGACCACAGCGGGGCUGUCCGUAUCCAGAAGCGCAGAAAUGUGGAAUGAAAAAUCGCAAGAAUUAUAAUAACAGAGAGUGCAAUCAAGAUAAUAAACCCGAGGUACUGCAAGAAAUAUCAGCGAGAAAGAAGCGUUGGUGCAUUUUUCACUGUCAGCUCAAAGUGGCACACGGGCAGGGGGUGAGAGCGAGGGUGGCGUGAAAUCCGAAGUGCUUAUCAAGCAAGUGUUGAUAAGGGACGGUGGUAUUGUUUCUUGCGCUUCUCAGUUUUGUGUUGAUGAUUAUUACUCCAUAAUGGGGAAGUGGUGAGGAAGUUGUCGGGAGUGGCCUGGAGAAGAAGAAAAAAGUAAGUGAGAAACGAUGUUGAGUGGAAGAAAGAUGAAUUAUUGGAUGAAGGAGCGGAAAUAAGUUGUUUCGGUGUUACCGGAAAAAAAGUACAACUGAGCAGUUGUUGGUUACAGGCGCUGAAGGAGUGAAAACAUUCUUCCAUCGGGAUAUAAAUUUCGAUUAGACCGCUCAUGAUCCCGCGAGGGACAAAACCAAAGAAAAGGAAGUGAUUUAGUGUGGCAAUUCCGUAAUAGUGACAGACUGUGGUGAGUGGAUUCGAGCGAUUCAAGUUGUUGUGAUAGCUCAGGUGAAUACAGAAACCGUUAGUGGAAAAUUCUCCCGUUCUGAUUUUUUGACGUGUCGGAUAGUGUAAAUCCAAGUCAAGGAGUCUUCAACCAGUUGGUUCCAUUGCCGAGUCAGUGAUUCGAAGUGGAAGCUGUGGGGGAAAAAAGUGAAUUUGAAAACGAAGUGCAAGCGAGAUAGCAGUGAAAGUUGGAGGAUAGUUUCCGAGCAGACAACAUGAGCACGUCACUCAGAAUUAGCUUAUCAUCAUCAGUGAUGCUGCUGGUGCUUGGGCUCUGCCUGAGUUUAGUCAGAGACGUGUCAACGUUCCAACCGGAUUUUGCCGAGCCAAUCAUUAACAUUUCGGUGGCCAUCGGACGAGAUGCGACGUUCACCUGUCACGUGCGGCAUUUGGGUGGCUAUCGGGUCGGCUGGGUGAAGGCAGACACCAAGGCGAUCCAGGCCAUCCACGAGAGCGUCAUCACCCACAAUCCCCGGGUGUCGGUGACGCACACGGACCAGAACACCUGGAGUCUGCAAAUCAAGUCGGUGACAGAGGACGACCGGGGCGGAUACAUGUGCCAGCUGAACACCGAUCCGAUGAAGAGCCAGCUUGGCUAUCUGGACGUGGUAAUUCCACCGGAUUUUAUCGCCGAGGAUACCUCUUCAGACGUGAUAGUGCCCGAGGGAAGCUCCGUGAAGCUCACCUGUAGAGCAAAAGGCCAACCAGAGCCAAUUGUAACGUGGAAACGCGAAGAUGGAACGGAAAUUGUGCUCAAAGAUGCCGCCGGAACGAAACAAUCAGUGAUUUCCUACCGAGGUGAGGUGCUGAAGCUGACGAAAAUCUCACGGAGCGAAAUGGGUUCCUAUCUGUGCAUCGCAUCCAACGGAGUGCCCCCCUCGGUGUCCAAGCGGAUAUCGCUGAGUAUCCAUUUCCACCCGGUAAUUCAAGUGCCAAAUCAACUGGUCGGUGCACCCCUUGGUACGGAUGUGUCCAUCGAGUGUCAGGUGGAAGCUUCCCCGAAAUCUAUCAACUAUUGGGUGAAAGACACAGGAGAAAUGAUAGUGUCCUCGCCAAAAUAUCAAGUUCAGGACAUUACAAGAUCGCUCUACGAAACCAAAAUGGCCCUGACGGUUAGGUCGUUCCAAAAGGAGGACGUGGGAUCCUAUCGCUGUAUCGCCAAGAACUCCCUCGGGGAGGUUGACAGCAGUAUACGGUUGUAUGAAAUCCCAGGACCAAACCGCAAAAUCUACUCACCCAAGUACGGCACAUCGGACCAAAACGACAUCGUCAAACCCGGCGGUAGCGACAAAUCGGGGAAACCUAGGCUGUACUAUCCACCGGACGACGAGGAGCAAAACCUGGGCGGAUCGGCGGAGGAUUUCGACGAGAUCAUCGACACGAUACAGCUUCCGCACCACAGCCACCAGUCGGCCCACGGUGGAAGACCAACGGCCCGGUCGUCGGUCGGUCUGCUCGACCAUUCCCACGGUGUCAACGGGCGGAACAACGGUGGAAACGGGGUGCCCAUAAGCAGCGGUAGCAACGGCAACGGUAACAAUAAAAAUCUGAUAUCGCUGAUGAAUGACAUCGCCACGAGAAAACCGUUUGUCAUACCGUCGGUCCGAGGGGCGGACGGUAGCCUAGAGGGCAGUGGGGCGACAACUCGAGCGUCCCUUGGCUCUUGUCUGGUCUUGCGGAUGGCACUAGGGCUGUUGGGAGGCAGCUGGUAUGCGUUCUAUCGCCAGAGGCAUUAGUAUUGAACGGGGGAACGCAUGUUGCUAUUAUUGUAGUAAACUCUUAGGCUAACAACAUUCUAUUUAGGUGCAACAGGGGACAGAAUCUGCUCUAAAAUUUAGAACAACAAGGGAUGACUAAUGUUCGUUUCCAUUUUUUGUUAUCGGAGUUUAUAGUAUGGUAUUUAGAGUAGAAGAUAUCUUCAGGGGACACACAAUAUGGCAUGGAGAUGGAGACUCCAGCAUGAACGGGCUAUGCUGUAUAUUGGAUGUAUAUUGCGAAUAUAAUUAGCGAUGGGGCUUCGAUGAGAUAUGCGCAUCGAGGGAAAGGCGACAACAAAAGGCCAAAAAAAAAAAGGUUUACGUUUUGUGUUAUUCUAGACAUAGGCCAAUGGUCGUAUUAUUGUUACUGCAUGCCUGGAAAGAGAUACGCUUUCGAACAAAUAUUUAUCUGAAACAUGUUCCCCAUAUUAUACAGACGAAUCUAUGGAAAGCCAACCGAACUGCUGCUGUUAUUUAGAAUCAACGGAUAAUGCACCAACUAAAUCUUGGUCGCAACAUUGAUUUUCUUCUUCGAUCGGAGUGGAUGUAGUGAGUCUAAGAAUAACAUACCACGGAACUUAGUUUCAUACAAAGGACCAAAGUCAAGAGACUUUCAUUCGAUUUCUAGAAAUCGUUGUUGUGGCUCCCGUAGCCGAGUGGUUAGCGUCACACCUAACAUGUCGGGGGUUCGGGUUCGCUUCCCAUUCUGGUCGGGGGAAUUUUUCGUCCAAGAAAUUUUCUCAGACUUGCACUGUGGUCACGCGUAUUCUGGUGCUUGCCACUCAGAAUGCAUUCAAGGCGUGUCAUUUGGCAUAGAAAUCUUAACUAAAUACUAACAAAAAUGACGCAUGUAUUACUACGUCGAGACGGCGAAGUUCCUCUAGGAACGUUAGUGCCAUUUUAGAAGAAAAUGAAGAAAUAGUUGUUAAAUGAAUUCUUCCGGAUGAAUGGUAUUGUAAUUCUGCAAUCAAAACAAUUCGUUUUUACAAUACUUCACAAUACAACAUGUCCCGGGACGCAAAAAAAAAAUAAAGAAGAACACGACCGCAUUUUUAAUGUAGAACGGCAAAAUUAUAAACGGCAGAAAACAAACAUUAUAAAAAUUCAAGAAUUAAACUCUUCAGUACAAACAUUUGGUAGCACUGACGACUUGUGAAGCAAUACAAAGCCAAUUUUCAAUUUAACCCUAAGUAUUAACAUGUACUGUUAAUUACUGAGCGACAAUGAAACACUGAACUAACUGAAUAUCCAAGUAGUUUUUCAGUAUCUCUUAGUAAUACAGGUCGGACUCGAUUAUAUACAGACUUUUUAUAUACAGAUUUUGACGUAGGACUACGUCUUUCAUUUCUAUACCGGGGUGUAAAACCAAAGUUUCGAAAACGAAAGUGUUACGCCGGAGACCGAGAUUUUGAGCGUUAAUAGCUCCUAAACAACUGAACGAAAUGGUAUGAUAAAAACUUCAUUCGAAAGAUAAAAUGUCUACGCGUUCUGUACUUGUUACUUUCUGAUCCAAAAACUUGUUUCAAUAGUCUUAAAAUUGCUUUCAAAACAGGCUAUUGAAAUCACCAAUCGGUAUAUAAGCGAGCGCCGCUCGGAAAUUCACUCAGUUCAAAUUGAACAGCGAUUGGAGCAUGUUGUCGCUGUUGUGGUGAAGCUCUUCGUUUAUAAUGAAAGCGCGGAUGAACGGUGUCACCAAGAGCCUGUUUGUGCACCUUAGGCCAGAAGGAAAUCCAUCAGGAGAAGAGUGAUGCCACAAACGGUUCCCCGGGAAAAUCUCGAAGCAGCCGCUACACACACACAUACACGCGCGGAAUUCUCUCCGUUUGGAUGCCAUUCAGCAUCGAGAAAGAUCCGGAAAAUAAUCUCUGGGAAUUUAAAAAUACAUUCAUGUGAAAGAGUUUAUUUGAAUGUUUUCUAUCCAUGUAACACUGUGACCAAAUACAUUUGGUUUUGUGAUUUUUCAAUCAAUCGCAAUUAACAGGAUAGCUUCUGAAGAUUAUUCUUCCCCAUCAGUAGGAUAUUUCCGUAUCCAAUAUUGGAUGCAUAAAACCUUGUGCCUCCAACGUAACGCUCUCGUUUUCGAAGUCCCCCAAAUAUUCAUUCAUUCAGAAUGAAUUCAGAUUCAACUUCAAACAAAUCAUCUCUAAAUCAACGAUAGUCCUACGUCACCCUUGCGGUUAUACCAUAGGUAUAACCCACUUCCUGUUUUUCGAAAAAAAUUUGACGUAGGAUUACGUCUUUCGGGAAUAUAUUGGGGUACACAUUGAAAAUCGAAAAUCGAGUACAUCGUGAAUAUUGUCCAAUUUCAAAUGCUUAUUGCUCAGUCAUUUCAUGAUGGAUUGAUGAAAUUCUUGCGUCAAUCGAUUUCGGCACUUCAUAACAAUUUUUUAUAUUGAAUAAAAUUGUAUAUGUCAUGAAACUAACUAUCGGACAAUUGAAAAUUCUCAUCCUCUAUCCUAAUGAAAAUAUCCACUACUGAUUGGUCGAAAUUGACGACACAUACGGCGGGUCCCUAACAGAGACAUCAAAACCAAGCUGCCUGGGGGAAAUCGGCAUUGCAAAUACAUAAAAGUAGGGGAGCUUUUGUUCCCACCGAAAUGUGUUCCCUAACAGAAACAUCAAAAUCAAGCUGCCUGGGGGAAAUCGACAUUGCAAAUACAUGAAAGUAGAGGGAACUUUUGUUCCUACCGAAAUGUGUUCCCUAACAGAGACAUCUAAACCAAGCUGCCUGGGGAAAAUCGGCAUUGCAAAUAUAUGCAAGUCGGGGGUUGUUUCGUGAAAUUUUAUAUCAAUGACCGAUCGUUUAUUGUGAGAAAUUUAGCACAAGUGUAAGUGUAAAAUUGUAUAUGGGCGCAGUUGUGUUGAAAAUGACUUGAUAUAUGAAACGAUUCAUUAACAUUAAAAUUAAAACCCAAGGUGAGCCCGAGAACAGUUCGUUUGGUUUAAGCUGUCUGUUUUGUUGUGUUCAUAUUCACCCAAAGGAAGUUUAUACGGCGAGAAAAAUUGCAAAAGUGAAAAAAUAUUACAAAAAGUGAUUUCCCAUAUGCUCUACACAUAGUAUUAGGUGUUGUUAGUCCAAUCAAAAUUCGCAUUGGGUUGAAUAAACACUCAGAAAUUAAAAAUUUAAAACAAAACAAUUACCUUUUCUAUUUCAGAUAUGUUUUCUCUAUAUUAAAGUAACGUGUUUUUACUGAUGAGAAAAAAUGAUAAUAGUGUUCGGUAUUGGUAAUUAUCAUAUAUUACAUUGGUGAGUUUUUUUUUCUUUAUUUCAUCCAUACAUAUCACAGGAGGCAUCUCGUCUAGGAUCACAGAGGGCGGUUUUCAUCAUAUCUCUUUCCACUUCGGUAUAUUUUAUCUGAUACGCACCAUCCAACGACUGUUUACCAUCCUUCUGUCAUCAUCACUCGGUAAACACUGGUGGAGUUAACAUACAAUAUCCAACAACCAAACAAAACGGCCCUUUUCAGGACCACCAAAUCAUUAUCAAAGAGUUUAACGAUGUAAUCCUUCAAACAUAUCCAAAAUCAACAGAUAGUCUAACGGAAUCCUACGUCAACUAUGCGGUCGUGUCUCGGACACAACUCUCCCGUGACUUUUUUUUUUCAUUUCAAAUAUGACUUGUUUCAAGAAAAAAUGUAAUCUUUGAACGUUAAGGUGGAAUUCAAGUGGCUACAGUGGGGUGAGAAUCGUGAUUUUUGAUGGUUUUGCUUGAAUUUUCACCAGGAAUUGUUUAUAUCGAUAUUGCAGCGAAAUUAAGAAAGAUGAGUGUCAAAGAACAAAUUGUAGAGUGGCUUGAGAACUUUAAUUUAGUUAAUAGAAACAAUAAAGUUGAAUAUGCUUUUUUGGGAUAAAAUUAAUAAUCGCACGUUAAAAAUUACUAACUUUGAAAUUUUCACUUCCAAAAUAGUUAUUUCAAUCCACUAAUUUAGAUGCUUCAUUGCUUUAUCCUGUACUAAAUUUUCCCAUCUUUCAAAUAAAGGCAACAGAAUUGGCUUACGCAGUGUACUUUUCAGUCUAGUUUGAGGCAACAGAGUCCGAAACAAAAAAAAGUUCUAUAACUCUGUCAUUGUUGAAAUUCAAACAUAUGCGUAAAAGGAUUUUUUUUCAUAAAAUUUGAUCAUCUUUCACCUUCUGAGAAAUUCUGGAAAAAAAAGUAGAAGGGUCUGAGCCUAGGGGUACGGACGGAAGUUUGAUGUAGGACUGUGAUUGUUCUGAACACAUGGUUAUUUUAAAUGUAAUUUUUUUCAUUUUUUCAUUUCAUUUUUAUUUUUCAUUAAAAAUCUGUUAGUUUAACUCUUUUGAAACUCUAAAUAGUAGCCCUGACUAGGGCCGUUUGUUGUAUGUACUCAUAACCCUCAAACGGUUUGAAAGACAAUAAGCUUCUGGCAGGAAAUUCAACUGUCUAACUGAAAAUUAUUAAUGAAUAUCAGUGGGAAAAAUAACAGGGUGGAAUGGUAGAUCACUGACAGGGGACACUUUUCUCGUUGUUUUGAUGAAAUCUUGCAUGAAGUUUGUGUGAUGCAUGAAAUCUUGCAUCUGAUUAUUUUAACAUCUAGCUAACUUGCAAGAUAGAAAUAAUUAUUGCACGCAAUUUUAUGUUACAUACAACAUUCAUGGGAACGAAGUUGGAAGAAAGAAUGCUUAAUAGAUGAUUUACCUUCGCCUCCGCUCGCAAAACAUACCUCUUCUAUUUGUUAAACUGCUCACUUGUUAUAUUAUUUCGACUGUCGAUGUCUCAGGCGAAAAAAAUGCUGGAUAAAUUUUCCGUCUAAUGGUAUAUAUUAUAACAUAUAUCGUAAGAUCGAUUCUACGUAAUAUGCAUUUGAAAACUCUUAAUAUACGUUACAUUUUUCGUAGAGUGUAUAUAGAAAUAUAGAAAUACAGAAAUCAGAGUCCUACGUCAAAAUAUUUUUUUCAUGUGAGAAAGGCGUUUUCUGAUUUUUAGGGGAUGAAUCAAAAAUCAAAUUCUUCUUUUAUUUUCAAUAAACGAAAAAUAUAUGCAAAAAAAACUUAUAAAAAAAUGUUUUUUUUUCGACUCGAUUAUAUACAGGAUUCGAUUACAGUGAAAAGAAAUCGAAGACUGUAUAUAAUCGAGUCCGCACUGUACUAUAUUUCUAGCGGUGUAACACUCGAACGGCAACAGAAAGUCUGAACAGAAUAGGGUGUGUGGAACAAAUUUUCACUAUCAUUUUCCACGCAGCUUUCACCACUAAAAAAAAGCUUCCUACACAUCCGGCUUGAAAUUCGCUGCACGUUGACACCCCUUUUAACACGGAAACAAUGCUCGAAUUCAUGAAAAUUAAUUGAUAGAUCGGAAAAAGUCACCAAAAAGUCGCUAUCGUAAAAGACCAGAUGGCAGCGGCAGCGAGACUUUCCAAUUGUUUAGUUUAUUUUUCUGAAUUGGACUUUUUUAGGGCUAGAGGUGAGUGAACUGAACGUCUGAGAAAGACUCUAUAAUUCAAAACAUCAUCAUCAUUGAACCAAUGAAUCCAAACACUCCUAAAUUCAUAGAAGCUCUCUUCGAGCAAAACAUUAUAAAAACAAUUCACUUCUGAUUGCUUUGGAUAAUAUUUUAGAAUGCAUUUUAAACAUACACUCCAGAAAAUGCAGAAAUUAUUUGGUGCAAAAAUACGGAAGCACUCUCUACCAGACAGCAUGGAGAUCAACGAGGUGCUCCACCGAAAGAAAAAUACACUGUGUGCGAUAACUUUCUUCCAUUGUUACUUUGUAUCGAGCAAAGCAGCUGUGUCCUACAUCAGCAUGGAAAAAGACUGCUGUCUGCUCGCUGGAGCAAGACUAUGACUUGAACAAUCAUGAUCAUGGUAUGAAUUGUAAAGGCUUUAAAAUAUCUCAGUCCAUUCCCCUCUGGCAUUGAAAAAGGCCAAUUUGGAAAACUAAACUAGACACUCGGCCUUGAGAAAAGAAACUUGGAAAACUUCGCUGUCGUCUGAUGGCUAGCUACAUGUCUGAUAAGUCGUAAAUGUUAUUAGAUCGCCAAAAACUCGUUUAUACUCGAUAAAUUGAAAAAGGUGCAGAACUUAAAUUGCAAUUUUAUUCACCCUCCACAUUGUCCGUAGAAAGAACGCUUCGUCGCAUUUUCUAUUUCAUGAAAACGUGUCCUGUUUCCUGAUAUAGCACCAUUACUGAAAGACGUAGACCCACGUUAAAAAAAAUGGGUAAUGAUUUCUUAGGUUUUCGUUAUACAGGUUUAUAACAACAGGUGGGCCAACUAGAAAAACUCGCCGGGCCACAUGUGGCCCGCAGGCCGCGGUUCGAAUAUCGCUACUCUACACCCAAAUUAGUGUUGGCAGAAAAGGUAUCAUCUUUGACAGAAAACUUUUAUAUUGCUAUAGCAUUAAUAAUAUCCACAAACUCGCCUCUCGCGUGAGUAAAUGCUGUACCAGUAUGGGUGGAUAACACAUUUUAUGAGACUUUUAAGCUCAUUUAAUGUAAUAUUUGAGGAUGCCAAACAAUGUGCUAAUUAUUAACUUCGGAUGUACAUUUGUGUACAUAUGAACACGAAAUGUCGCUCAUCAAUGACGUAUUAUAUUUUGUUGUAAUCGAAACUAUCAGCCUUCUUUUAAAAUACUCAGUUGAUUACUCACGGAUACGAUGAAUCUCAACCAACUAUAUACUGCGAGUCUACGAAUGCACAGGAAAUAUCGGGUUUUUCAAUAAGAGCGCUGCAAUAGUAUUUCAAAAAAAAAACAAAAACGGUUUUGGAUAUCAAUGAAAUUCUUUAUUCAUGUGAAUAUACAUUUGAUGCCAUUAUGUAUGGAACUCGAUUUCUUUUGCAUGGUCACCACGGGCACGCUUGCAGAAGUCCAGACGCUGAACUCAAUUUCCGACGGUUUCAAGCAUAUAUCGGCCGAUAUUGCUGUAAUUUCACGUUCGAUAUUCGUACGAUGUUCACCAAUCGUCGUUGGCUUGUUGGCAUAGACUAUAGACUUGGCGUAGCCCCACAGGAAAUAGUCUUCUUCUUCUUCUUCUUCUUUCUUCUUCUUCAAUGGCACUAACGUUCCUAGAGGAACUUCGCCGUCUCAACGUAGUAUUACUUGCGUCAUUUUUAUUAGUACUUAGUUGAGAUUUCUAUGCCAAAUAACACGCCUUGAAUGCAUUAGGAGUGGCAAGCUCUAGAAUACGCGUGAACACAGUGCAAGUCGGAGAAAAUUUUUUUGACGAAAAAUUCCCCCGACCAGAACGGGAAUCGAACCCGAACACACGGCAUGUUAGUUAUGACGCUAACCACUCGGCCAAGGGAGCACAGGAAAUAGUCUAACGGCGUCAAAUCGCACGACCGAGGCGGCCAAUUGACUGGGCCAUUUCGUGAGAUAACACGCUCACCAAACUUGGUUUUCAAUAAAUCGAUUGUUAAAUUCGCUUUGUGGCUUAUGACGCCGUCCUGUUGAAACCACAUAUUGUUCAAGUCCAUAUCAUCCGAUUCGGGCCAAAAAUAUUCGGUUAUCAUUGAGCGGUAGCGAUUCCCAUUCACAGUCACGUGCCGGUCUUAAUCAUCACAGAAGAAGUACGGCCCAAUGACGCCGCCGGACCAUAAACCGCACCAAACCGUAUUUUUUGACGUAGAACUACGUCUUUCAUUAAGGGUGUCAAAUCAGAAAACAGGUCACGUUUUUAUUAAAUAAAGUAAACGUUAACUAUUUUUGCCGCGAAAGGAUUUUGGCGAUUUACAUACUAAACGAAUCGGAAAUUCCGUAAGAUUUGUUUUAUAUGCUAUACAUUAGAAUCCCCUGGUUUGUAAAUGGUUAAAAUUCAUGAAAACUUUAAGCGUUUCCAUUUACCCAUACAUUUGUUCUUUCCAUUUGUGUGCUUUCCCGAACAGAGCUGUCAAUAACGAGCAACUUAUCGACGAUCAACGGAGGGUAAAUCGUAGGAUUAAAAGUCUCCAUGAACAAAGGAAAAGUAGAAGAAUGAAGGGGAAUACUUGCCUAGAGUAUAAACAGUGGAUCUCGCUGAGGCAAACUUUCAUUUGGCAUCGGACUGUUGAGCAAUCCAGUUCACUUCACUUUCGCAGCGCUUCGAUCUAAGAUUGGACCCCACCAGUGGUAAUCCAACUUGGAUAUCGUCGUUUGAUUUUUCUGUUCAUUUUUCGCGUUAUUCGUAUAUGCGCAAUGCAUUGCCAGGGGCAAUAAAAUUUCGAGGCAAGCGUCAUCUAAUGAUGCACGCGAUGUUAGUGCAGUAAAAAGCGCUUGCACUGAACCGAGCCUUCGCGAGUGUGACACCGCAUCGAACAACAGCGAAGUAGGCGAUUUCGGCGCGUCGGUCGAAAAUGUAAACGCCGUUACCCAUGCAGCAACCAAAAUCAAGCUCCCCCGCUGGUGGUGAAGGCGGUCGCUCUUGACAAACUCAUCAGCGAAUUCACAUCGAUGGGUGUUAGAGCAGAGUACAAGCUGUGUGGCAUAAUUCAGUCUUUUUCCAAGCAGUUAACAUUGUUUGUUUUCCGUCAUCAUAAGGGCUUCGUUGGUGCCUUUGAGAAUGCAUCAAUGCAUUAAACUGACGUUAUGGCGAAGCAGACGUUAAGGUUGUGUGCCAAAAAUUUAUCUGGGGAAUACCAAACAUUUUGAAUGUCUUACUGGCAUGUUAUAAGUUAUUUGGGUUCGCGUGCCAGUCGUAAAACUGCCUUCAACUAGGAUUGCAUUUGCGCUAAUAUUAAUCAUAAUGAAGCAUUGCUACUGUUUUCGAGGUUGUUAUUAACAAAAAGAGUUUAUUUCGCUUGUUUAGUCACCAAGAAAGUAAAUUCUAUGGAAUUUUGUAUGUGAUAAGGUUUCGCUUGCCUGUAGCAAAACUUCCUCCACUAAGGGUGACAGCUGCGUUUUUCUCGAGCAUGAGAAAGCAAUGCCACUCUUUUCGAGGUCAGUAAUAUUAACAGAAGCGUUUUUGACGUAGGAUUACGUCUUUCGGGAACAUAUUGGGGUACAAAUUGAAAAUCGAGAAUCGAGCACAUCGCGAAAAUUGUCCAAUUUCAAACGCUUAUUGCUCAGUCAUUUCAUGAUGGAUUGAUGAAAUUUUUGCGUCAAUCGAUUUCGGCACUCCAUAACAAUUUUUUUAUAUUGAAUAAAAUAAUAUAUAUCAUUAAACUAACUAUCAAACAAUUGAAAAAUCUCAACCCCUAUCCUAACGGAAAUACUCACUUCUGAUUGGUCGAAAUUGACGACACAUGCGGCGGUUCCCUAACAGAGACAUCAAAACCAAGCUGCCUAGGGGAAAUCAGCAUUGCAAAUACAUGAAAGUAGGGGGAGCUUUUGCUCCCGCCGAGAUGUGUUCCCAAACAGAGACAUCAAAACCAAGCUGCCUGAUGGAAAUCGGCAUUGCAAAUACAUGAAAGUCGGGGGCAUUUUUAUAUUGCAAGUAAGAAGAGUGAUACGAAUAAUUCUAGCAAAUAAAAUUUAAAUUUGGAACUUUAAUGUUGGUUGCUUCGUGAAACUCCAUAUCAAUGUCCGAUCGUGUAUUGUGAAAAAUUUAGCACAAGGGUAGGUGUAAAAUUGUAUACGAUAGCCGUUGUGUUAACCCUUUCCCGUACAACAUAGAGUCUCACUACAUAUAGUACAUAUAGUAUUAGGUAUUGUUAGUCCAAUUAAAAUUCGCAUUGGGUUGAAUAAACAAUCAGAAAGUAAAAAUUAUAAAAGAAAAUUACCUUUCCCAUUUCAGAUAUAUUUUCGCUAUAUUAAAGUAACAUGUUUUUACUGAUAAGAAAAAUUGAUAAUUGUGUUCGGUAUUAAUAAUUAUCUUAUAUUACAUUGGUGAAUUUUUUUUCUUUAUUUCAUCAAUACAUAUCACAAGAGGCAUCUCGUCUAGGAUCAUAGAGGGUGGUUCUCAUCAUAUCUCGUUCCACUUCGGUAUCCUUUAUCUGAUACGCACCAUCCAACGACUGUUUAUCAUCCUUCUGUCAUCAUCACCCGUUAAACACUGGUGUAAUGAACAAACAAUACCCAACAACCAAACAAAACGGCCCUUUUCAGGUCAACCUAAUCAUUAUCAAAGAGUUUAACGAUGUAAUUAUCCAAAAUCAACAGAUAAUCUAACGGAAUCCUACGUCAAUUAUGCGGCCGUGUCACGGACACAACCCUCCUGUGACUUUUUUUUUGAGAAUAGCGCAAAAUGAUGAAAUGUGUUUAUAUUCCUAGUAGUUUCAAGCCACCAAUGUAUGGCUCUGUAUGCAUGCUAUGGUGAACGUUUGUUUGGCGCUUGGUUUACGUUGUACGAACGAUGUCUAGAGGUGCGAUUCCUUUGAGGCAAUACUAAAUAACAUGUAGCAUGAUAUUUCAUACUUGCAAAUGUUGUCAUUGUUGUUGUUUUCAUGCGGUGCCAAAGAUAUAUUGAUGUAGUUAUAAGAUAUGGAAUAAUGGUGCUGGUGCAACAUGUAUAUAAUCGACUGUAGCCGAGUCUAUGUCAAUUUCGGAAAAGGCCUCCGGAAUAGAGUUCGAGGUAAAUUUUCAAUGCAUUAACAUGAAAUAAAUUGUGACAUACGAUCAGCUAGUGUAUUGUUUAGCGAGGGCAAGAAUGAAUCAUCAAUCAAUUAUCGUCAACUGAGUCUACAAUGAAAAAACCAUUUCAGAGAUGAUUCUACUAAGCAGUUGUUACUAAAGUUUCACAGCAUUAUAGAAUAAUAUCCGAAGGUAUAAACAAGCGACUUAUAUAAAUUAACAGCGUAGUUCUACGUCAACAAUGCGGUCGUAUCAUGGACACAACCUCCUAUAAUUUUUUCGGGAUGCAAUGAUGACUCAUGGAGCACGUGUGGAUUGCUGCCUGACCAAUAACACAUAUUUUGCUUAUUGACGAAGCCAUUCAGCCCGAAAUGAGCCUCAUCGCUGAAGAUGAUUUUUCGAUGAAAAUCCGGAUCAUUUUCAAGUUGUUGCUCAGCCCAAUUUACGAAAAUACGACGCUUCUGGUGAUCAAGCGGCUUCAGUUCAGGCGUCAAUUUGAUCUUGUAAGGAUGUAGGCCAAGGUUUUGUGCAAAAUUCGCCACAACGACGUCACAGAGAUGCCCAACGCUUGAGAACGACGUGUGAGACACUGAUUUGGGUCGUCCUCAAUUGAUACACUAGCGACAGCAAUAUUCUCGACACUAUGGGCACUUCUUUGUAUCACUGGCACGGGAACAUUUUGUACUGUGCCUGUGGAUUCAAAUUUUCCACUAGACGCUCAAUUGUUGAUCUGGCAGGAUGAUUAUGACGACCAUAAAUUUGACGUAGCGCUCUCAAAGUUGAGGCCAUUGACUCCGAAUUUCGGUAGUAAAUUUCAAGAAUCUCGACUCGUUGUUGGGUCGUAUAUCUAACCAUUAUGGAAUGGCAAACCUUGCUGAAGAGAAAUGUCAAGAGAGCGGGAAAAAAUAUGGCGUCGUUUGCUGUUCCUAUCGGGCUACUUUUGUAGCGUCCCUAUCGGAACACCCGUUACAUAAAUAUAAACCCAAGUCAAAUAAAUCUAUGACUACAGAAAUGUAUUAUGUAUGAAAAUGGCAUUUUCUCCUUCGUUGCCACGUUUUUCUUCCAAAAUAUAUAUUUUAUAAAGGCACAUAUGGCGUUAGCCUGACGGGGCCGGGAGUUCAAUAUUAUAUAUUCGUUGCCACGUUGUCCGGAACAUUUUUUGUAGGGAUAACCAGAUGAUGUAUACUAAGUAUCCUUUGACCACGGGAGCUCUCUUGGGAAGUUCGUGUAGCUGCUGUAGUGAACUAAUCUCAUUGGGUGAUAAGUUCUGCUUGUGUAUAGGAAAGGGAAAGGGCAAGUGCAUUCGAGGAAGUGAAGCGAGCUUCUAAGGAAGACAUAUAUGGGGAACAUAAUAUUAAGAUCGUGACCAGUGUUGCCACUUUUUAAUCUGUACUAGAGGGGUUUAAAAUCUUUCUCAAAAAUCUAUUUUAUUAGAAUGGUAAAAUACUCAUUUAUUUACUACAAAUAUUACAUUUACAUUUGCAAGUCAUUCGUGUGUUUGAUUUUGCUUAUAACGAAUCCUUUGAUCUCAAAAUAGCGUUCAUCGUAUCGUUACUGACCCGAUUCCGAAGCUUAUUUUUGUUCUGAUUAUAUUCAGAAAAAAAAUUGCCGAGGAGUGAGUGAUAGUGAUAACGUUACAAACAAGUCAUCGAAGCGCCGAAAAUGCAAGCCAACCGUCAAUUAUUUUAAGAGAUUCAAUUUUGGUCCACCAAUCCUGCACAUGAUCAUUUUCUGAAACUGUAAUUUCCUUACGGAGUAAUUUAUCUUUAGAGUACGGCAUUCAUUCUCCAGAUUAUGUAUAUUUCCAUCGUAGAACCCUGGAAACGCCUCUAACACAACGAAUAUCAUCCUUAUGAAACUGAUCAGUUAUUGCAUUGCAAAUGCUCUAAUGAUCAUCAGCACCAAGCGAAACUGCGGGAUAAAAGUCAUCAUGUACCUUAAUUUUGCGUUGUUCAAAUGCAAGAAAUUUCACAUGCGAAACCAAUCUGUUUUUUUUUUUUGACGAAAAUCUAUACCCUGUACCGUACAGAAUCUGUACCGUUAGUAUUUUUAGAAUUCUAAAUCAGCAGUCAGUUAAAUUAACUAAUUGCAUUUCUCACAUAACCAAACAACAUGUUCAAUAUUGUGACAUCCUGGACCACAAUUACAUAAAUUGUUAGUGGCAAGUCCUACACGAUAAAGACGUGAAUUGGGCCAUCCAUCUUCCAAGAUCAUCCCUCCAUUGACUCUGCCUACUUAUAAAUGCCUGUUUGUCCAAAAAAAGGAGAAUAACUCGUAAUCGUAAUCGUAAUCGACUCACAUUGUGAGCUAACGCCGUAUUGUAGGGAAAAAGAUUGCUCGUUGCGUCAGGGAGGAAAGUGAGUGGUUAAUGCAAUCGAAAAAACUUACUCAUUUUUAUAUUUUCUUUUCGUGUUUCAAGCAAAAAGAAUGCUGGAUAAAUUUCCUAUCUAUUGGGGUAUAACACAACAUAUAUCGCAAUAACGAUUUUGAGUAAUAUGGAUAUAGAAAUCAAUAACAAAGUCGUAUGACAAUAAAAGUAUCAAAUCAAUUUUAGUUGUUCUACUUUGCUGCCCUGGUUUUCGGUCCGUGUUCUAAAAUACAUUCCGAUCACCACAAAAGCAAUCAUCAUCAAUGAGCUAGGUUGUUAUGAUUUCAAAAGCAGUUUUUAAGCUAUUGAAACGAUUUUUUGGACCAAUAAGUGACACUCAUAUAACUCUUUGACAUUUUAUCUUUAGAAUGAAGUGAUUAUUAUACCACUUCAAUCUGCCGGUAAAAAUGUAUUAACGUUCAGAACCUUGCAGUACAGCGUCACUCUCUCGUUUUCGAAAAUUUAAACUUACAUCCCGGUACAAAAAUGAAAGACGUAGUCCUACGUCAAAACAUAUACGCAUUAACUUAGACUAAUAGAAAACAAAAAACAAAAACGAAUCACUAACUUCCCCAAAUCAUCGUAAACCGAACAAAGAACGUCAGGACAUAAUAGGAAUAGUUCCGAUCGUUCCAAUCACAGGGAGCCGAGCAUCGAGCGAAGGAUUCUAAAAAGGACUUCUGAUUUCGUCCCGACAGAAACCAUUGGAUAAAAAAGAAUCCUCCGGGUGUUAGCAGAACUAUCCCUUUUCUAUCGUCUUCCGUUGUUCUUUUUUAACUUUUUUUUCCUUGUUCUCGUGGGUAUUCAUUACAGCGCACGCUACUUCCCAGUAGUUUGGCGCCAACGGGUUUACGGUCCGUUUUUUUUCAUCCCAACCGUGGCAUGUAUAAAUCUUGCCACUGAACCGGCAAUCGCUCUCGCCUUUUGUUAUUUUGUGGUUCAGGAGAUAAUUUUCUUGCGUUUUAUCUCAUUUUGGGGGAAAUUUUUAUUCAAUUCUUAUGGAGUCGACGUUGAAAUUGGGAUGCGAGUGAGUAAGAGCAGCAGAAGGUCGCCUGUUUUUUUUUCUUUGCUCUGGGAUGGCCUCAUCCCUGAGACGGGAAAAAAUGUGGCCUUUCCACGGCAGGAAAGAACGGCGAGUAAAUGAAGUGUUAAGUGAGCAGAUAAUAUUUCUUCUUCUGUCCCGGAAUCUUCAUUGCGUUUUAGCAAACUCUCUCCUCUCGAUCUGUGCUCUGUUUGCCAGUUUCGAUUGUGAUCCCCACAAUUGAAAUUCGUUUUCGAAGAAUAUUGAAAACCUCCUAAUUCCAAAAAACGACAUUUCCCCCUUUCACUAAUUACGAUACAGGAGCUGUAUGUUCAACUUUCCCGACCCGGUUCCACUCGCCACAACACUACAUAAGGACGGAAAAUCACUUGCAAACUUCCUGUUCUCCUCGGCUGAACCAAAAGCUCGACUCAAUGAUAAUGGUUCCAUAAUUAAAAUAUAAUUAUCAUAUCAUAUUGUGCCAUUUAAUAUUGCCUUCCUUGAUCUCCCAUGCUUCCCCCACCCCGCGCCGCAGCACCCCGUGUCGGCACCAACACACCACACUGACUCUGACAGAACUCCUCUCGAGGUGUAUCAUCAUCGUGCCUCGAUGGUGAGGGGGGAUGAGCGAAGGCAAGCAGGAAGGAUAGAGAAAUGAUGAAGUUUCCUUUGUAUGAAUUUCCCACUCCUCGCAGAAUCCGCCACAGAAGCGAAACGUCUGGUCUAACGAGCUACCAGAGUUUCUGGUCUAUUGCAAAGGUGUCGUUUGACGGUUUCCGUGGCUUCACCCAUUAUCCACCACCGCCACCACCAUUUGCGAACUAAGUAGCGCUUUGUGUGUGUAUGAAUGUGUGUGAGUGUGUCUUUUCCUCGAACACUUCCGCGAGCAAGUUGUUUGGGAGAUGGGAAAUUAAAUCAACUCUCAGGGAAAAAGAGUUUAUCUUGUGGUUUUCCGCCCCUCCCCAAUUCGCUACUGCCGGCAAGACGGAUCACUGUAUGGGGGUUUGACGCAGAUUGUCAUCUUAAUUAUUUGAUGAGAUUAACAACUGCUGAAUCGAUUAUCCGGACGGUGAAAGCUUACAUUGAUUCUCUUGAAUGAUUUCACUUUCACGACUUGUUUCAUCCGACUAUGAUGGUUCUGGUGGCACGUUACAAACUUGUCAUAAUUAUACUUUUCUCACGCACCUUCCGCAAAACUCAGGGUGCGCCAAUUCUGAUCAUCAUCAAAAGCAAUAGGCAAUACCCUUUGACCAUACGAUGUUAGCGAGCUUUGCUCGCUACCAGUUUACCGGACACGUUCAGCAGAGCAAAAUUUAGAACACAAUCUGAAGCAAUGUCCUCACCGUUGUUAUCAUGCCAUUGUAAUGCUGUAACCUGACGGCUCGAAUGACGCGCGUUGGAAGUUCCAAGCCAAGGGUUGCAUGUCACUCAUAUGACACAUCAUACGGAUGGUGCAUUUUCGCGUUUUCGCAAGCGCUGCGAAAAAAGGACGUGCUAACGCGAGAACUAGGUUAAACGCGUUGGAGGAACUUAUAUCCGUAAUAAGGACAGGUGUCACGGGUGGCGUAUGUUUGUGUGUGUGUGUUUUUUUUGCGAGUGCAAGUAUUUUAGUUAAUUCAAGCGUUUUUUAUGAUAUAAAUUACAACACAAGUAGUAAUUUCCAUGAGGCCUAUGCGAGUGACAGAACUCCAGGGUUUAUUUUAUAGAAUUACAGUUUAGUUUUAAUCUAAUUUAGACCUGAAUUUCUUAAGUUUCGUCAUCAAGAACACCCGAGUUUUUUCGAUAGAAAUUUGUUCUCAAUAUGUCUCUUACAAAAGGAUUAAGUUUACUGAAAUGCUAUACUGGAAGGUCUUUGAAAUAUUCAUUUCCCGCUGGAAACCACUUCCCGUUUCACACAAACAGCUAACUGAUAUCUGAUCAAAAUGUCCCAAGAUUGAACAAUAAAUUAAAAUUACUUUUCACUUCUUCAAGCGCUAUUGUACGAGUCUGAUGCUUUUAACCCAUUUCACUACAACAUGUCAAACACUUCAAAGGUUAUAAUCGAAGAUAAUAUUAUUUGGUUAGCUUAGCUCGAUAUAUUACUAUAGCCUCCUAAUACAUUUGAGCAUGGAUCCGUAGGAAAGACGUGCGGAACGGAAUAAAAUAAUAAUAAACAUGACAACGCCAGGCCAUAUGUUCAUGCGUCUGUCAAUAAUUAUCUAGUAAUAAAGCCAUUCCGUGCCAAACCGAUAAAGUGGGUUUCUUAUCGCAAAACAUGAGACCCGUAUUUUUAUUAUUUUUUUUCAUUCGGUCACCUAUUUCCAUUUGAGGGUGAUCCAAAAAUUAUAAAUAUUUAUAUUUUUCCGAGAAAGACCAACUCAUCGGCUUCAAAUUUACGAGGGUCGUUCAAAAAAUAAGUUACAGUGCCUUAGAAAUCGCGGAAAAAUAAAGUUAGGACAAAAAACAAGGUAAUUUUCGUAAUCUACGUUUUAUUUUCUAUUUUUCUACAUAAUCGCCGUAACGUUCGAGGCAUUUUUCAUAGCGUGGCACGAGUUUUUCUAUUUCGAGCGCGAAGUGCGUAGCGUUCAACAUUUUGUAGUACGAUGUAACUGCGUCACGAAUUUCUUCAGUGUUAUCGAAUAGUUGACCGCCGAACGCCUGUUUCAUCACCGGGAAUAAGUGCUAGUCGCUAGGGGCGAGGUCUGGGGAGUAAGGAGGAUGCUCGAACACAGUCCAUUUGAAUUUUUUCAAUUGCUCUUGAGUUACGCGAGCAGAAUGGGGCCGCGCAUUAUCGUGGAUGAGGAACACUCCUUUCGUCAAUAAAUCUGGCCUUUUGUACUUAAUCGCGGUUCUUAAAGGGUGCAAAACUUCACAAUAGUAAGGUGUUGAAACAGGCAUUCGGCGGUCAACGAUUCGAUUACACUGAAGAAAUUCGUGACGCAGCUAUAUCGUACUUCAAAAAGUUGGACGUUACGCACUUCGCGCUCGGAAUCGAAAAACUCGUGCCACGCUAUGAAAAAUGGUUCGAGGCAUUUUUCAUAGCGUUACGGCGAUUAUGUAGAAAAAUAAAAAAUAAAAUUACGAAAAACACCUUGUUUUUUGUCCUAACUUUAUUUUUUCGCGAUUUCUGAGGCACUGAAACUUAUUUUUCGGACGACCCUCGUAUUACAUCUAUUUAAAUAAGCAUAUUUUUCGAAAACAACUGAAUGAACGUUGGUAAAAUCUUUCUAGUCGCAUUAUUUUUGUAUAUUCCAUGUACACAUGGAGACUUCAGUGUAAUACCGAAAUAUUCUACUAAAUUGUCGUUGUAACAUGCUGCGAAACAAUGUUUUAUCGUUUUCAUUUAUGGUGACCUCAAGGUUACCUUUGGCUAGUUCCCCAACCCCUCGUUUUUUUUUUGUUUAGGGUCAUUUGUAACUGGAUCGAAUCGUUAAUGUGAUAUAUUUUGAAUAUAUGUGGGAAACUUAUAGCCAUCUAGCGUAAGAGAAAUCCAUACGAUCCACUGCUCAAGUGAGCCACACAGUGGGACAGUUGGACACGUAACAAGCAAGUGUGGGAUGAAUGUAAUUUUGUAAUAUUACAAAUAUUCAUUGAGAUUCCAACACACAGUCAUUCGCUCAAUAAGCGGACGUGCCGCAUUCCGGCUCCAAAGACCCCGAAGCUACAAAAAAGUGUUAGAACCAGCUGAAUUCUUCGAGCUUUGUUCAAUACCUUGUAUCUCGGCCAAAACUUGCCGAGCGUUUGAAAUUCAGUUAAAAACGAUAUUUUCUCUGGCUCUACAUAUCACUAGGCUGGUUGGAAAGUUUGCAAGUCUCUGAAUUAGUGGAAUGGGUUCUCAAGGUAGCCUUUUCCUUAGCCGGUUACUUAAAAGUACCUAUUUCUCUCGCAAACAUGAGCAUCUUUAUUUUUUUCGCACCUCCAGGGUUCCUCACGCACCUCCGCUUUGCAAAUACAUGCAAGAAGAGGUGAAGAGGAAAGAACAUGCAUUGGUGGAAACACAUGCAUUGGUGUUCACACCAAAAUGUGUUUCCCCAACACGGACUUCAAAAUUAAUGUGCCUGAGGCAGUGUCUUAGAAUAUCAACAAAUAUUCACGAGAAACGAAUAUGAUUUUGUUCCAGUGUAAAUGACUUUUUUCAGCUUGAAACACACUGCCCUCAUUAUAUUGAUGACAAUAACAAACGAGUUCAUUUUGUUCAUAUCGCUGUUGCAUGAGCAAAUUUGCUAUAAUGAAUGAAUGCGACAUUAAGUGGGGUUCAUAACUUCGCUGUUAUUUAUACUUUGGAUAUCAAAAGCAACAAAUUGAUAUUCAUCACAUCCGAAACGAUAUUCGUUCUGGCAGUGAAUUUAAGUUCAAAAUAAAUUUUAUUUGGCGAGACGGUAGCAACGGCAUAUGCAGAAUGGAUACAACGAAUGGUUUUAGCUACCGUCAAGUCAUUUGCGACAUCGGGAAUUUCAUAAGGUAUUUCCGAUUAAGGCAUCCGGCAACUGCAAAACCCAACCGCACAUAGCAGCCUCAGGUUAGAAGUUAACAACAGCUGAUAUUCAUUUGGCUGAAAUCAGCAGUUUCAUACUAAGUUAAAUCUAUCAUGUACGGAAAUUAUUUUCAAUUCGUCGCCAGAGAAGAUAAUCUUCAAGGCUUUAAUGACUACGCUGGAAUUUGUUAAGCCAACUUGCACACCAUUAUUUUUGAAGGAGCAACACUACCCACACAUUCAAAAUUUCUUUAAAAAAUUCAAAGCCAUUAACUUUUUUCCCGAAGAAUUUGAAUGCAGCGUGAAUUCAAUUUUUUCCAUUAAAAACCAUAAGGGUGGUGUCCGAGACUCUACCGCAUUGUUUACGUAGAACUAGGAAGUUAUUGGCCAGAACGGAUAUUAUACAAAUUUAACAAUUGAGUACUCUUUAGUACAAGUAUUUGGUUGUACUACAGCCCUUCGGCACUAGAUACAGGAAUGAAAAAAAGUAAAAGGGUCUGAGCCUAGAGGCACAGAUGGAAGUUUGACGUAGGACUACUUGAGCUUGAACUUGAGCUUGGUUAGACUGUACAUUUCGUAGUUGCACUCCUUGAUGGACCUGAACCAGCGAAAUUGCACAAAGAACACACCCGGUGACAUUUGGGAGUAGCAAAUCAUUCUCAUUGUGCAAGUUUCGAUGAUUCGAGCUUUCAAUAGUCAAUAAUGACGCUGGCCACGUCCUUACAGUCACCAGGGUAAAGGAUGGAAUGUUAGUAUAAUAUUCGCCGCCUGAAGGCCAGAUGGGUUGCCUCUAUAUUGGUUCCCUAGCGUUUAUCAUGGGAGAGAUAGUUGUUAGUGGGAAGAAGUAAUAUUCAGGAUUCACUGAGGUAAGUGAUGUGAUUACAACACACCACAGAUAUUAUAUUUAGGUUACCUGAGAAGGAAAACAUGAGGAAAAUAACUGGACCGACUAUAUGUUCUAUUAUUCAACGAAAUCCAAUAGCGACGGUGGAGAGCUAACUGUGGGAAACCUUAGAAAGUACCCGAGAUAACUCCUCUAAAAUCAAUUGAAUCUGCCAUAUAUUUAUAUUUAUUCAUUUGCCAACAGAUACAAUGGUUAUCCCAAUGACAUGAAAAUUACGACACUACACAUAUUAAUUAAAAACUCGACGGAAACAACUCUUAUUUCUACAACGUGAAACAUUAAAGUCAAACACAUCGUAGUAUCUGUUGAAGACACGGCACAUCCUUCGCAUGGGCUCGUUAAAUCCAUAAUUUGUUCGCGAGGGAUGGACGCAUAAGAAAACGUGAGAGCGUAAAUUACGGCGGCGGAUGUUUAUGUUAAGACAGCUUAACAGCGAAGUACAGUCGAUGUUACCUUGAAGCGGGUCACCAAUGAAGCAUGCCAUCGUGAUGUUACGUCUCGCCUCAAGUGAUUCCAAGUGUAUUAACAUGCAACGACUUUUGUAGCUGGGCAAGUUGUGGACGUCAUUCCAAGGAAGAUGCCUCACUUUUCAGUUGACUCCCGGCUGAGAUAACCAUUUCUCUCGUAAUAGCAAACGGACCACUUGAGAAGGAUGAGAAGGGAACGUUGCGAGAUGCAGCUGCUACGUCCUGGCUGUUUGUUCGUUCGUUACUGAAAACGCUGCUAAAUUGUUUACGAAAUAAUUCUGCAAUAUCUGGAAUGGUUGCAGCACCAUGACUACACCGUUAGUCAUGGUUGAGGGCCAUAUGCCAUAUGUUCCUUUAUCCAUCGCGCCUACGCUUUAUAGACAUUCAGUCGCGACGUCGGAGAGUUAUCUUCGUUAUUCGUCGCGCAUACUUCAAAUCGAACUCCUAUCCUGAUGGCGUUAGGAAACCUGAAAAUGUAACCUUGAGAACACCUUCAAAGUCAAUCGUCUCGGUAUUGAGGAAACCUGAAAAGGCAAUCAAGAGAAUUUCUCAGAAAUCAAUCGAACAAUUGAUAUACUCCAUGAAUUCGCCUGUGAUGUCGUCACUACAGAAAAUGAAACACGAUGUCGACUCUUUCACUGUACAACUCAGAAUUACAAUUCUGAUUAAAGACCAAGGGUUGCUAUCUAAACAAUAUCUUAAGUUGAACCCAUUUAUUCUCUACACGGCCUCAUAGAACAUCAAUCGCAACGACGGACACAUAAACAUAUGUACAAUACUAAAGAAAAUUAUUGCUUUCACAAAAAUACCUAUUGAACAAUGAACUAACAAUACCCGUAACCAAAAUUACUCGAAUCUAUUUCCCCCAUAUUAUUAUUAUUUAUAAUUGAACAAUAUAAUUAAACAAAAAUUGUUAUAAAGCCUGUCCACGUUAAAUUUCUGAUAUCAAGAUGAUACCAGUAAAACAAAAAUUCACGUAAUACAACAAAACCGAUUAUUGAUCUCAGUAAAAUAGACUUAUAUCUAAAACAAGGAAAGCUUACUUCGAUGUUAAUGACGUUGUCUGUAAAAUUCACAGACUUUCUUGGGAACAUCUGCCAUUAGGUUCCGUACAGUAUCCUAAGAUAUGCAGGCGGCGGCGCUUUUCCACCUCUUGAAAUCAUUAAUGCCAUUCGCUUUCUUCUUAGUUUCGAAUAGUUUUCGAUUAAUCAGAGCUCAGUAUUUUUCCACUGGGCGAAGUUCUGGACAGUUCGCUGGAUUUGCAGUUUUUGCCACAUAUUUGACCUCACGUGCAUUAUACCAUUCCAGGAUGGAUUUUGCAUAGUGACAAGAGGCCAAAUCUGGACAAAACAACGCGGGAAAGUCGUGGCUUCUUAUGAAUGGUAGCAACCGCUUCUGGAGACAUUCCUUCUCGUAGACCUCUUUGUUGAUAGUGCCGGUAGAGACGAAAGAUUUGGACUUUCGGCCACAACUGCAUGUGGCCUGCCAAACCAAGUACUUUUUGGGGAAUUUAGACUGCUUCUUGGUCCGGAAACACUCGGCUACGGCAUUCCUUCGCAUUGCAGUAUAAAAAGCGCGACCCGGAAGCUGUUUGAAGUUUUCGUGUAGAGCACCUUAGCACGGCUUUUUGCAGUGAAAUUUUGUUAAUCAUCACGAUUGGGCACCUUUUUCACUGUGUACGCCUUCAGUCCAUGCCUCUGCUUCACUUUUUGUACAAAUUAUUUUGAUUUUCCAACCUUUCGAGCCACAUUUCUAACUGAAAGGUUGGGAUGUUUCUCAAUAAUGGCAACCACCUUUCGGUCCAUCUGUCGGGAGCAUACUUUUCGAUUUGUUCCGCUUCUAACCUUCCGAUCCACAGUUAAGUGCUGGUCAAACGAUUGGCACCCACUAAACACGGUCCUCUUCGGCAGUUUUAGCUUUUUGGCGAGAUCGCGUACCGACAGUGUUGGAUUUUGCUGCCGUUCGCGCAAAAUGCGUUUGUGUAUUUCCACUUGACCCAACGCCAUUUUACCAAACUGAAGAAGAAUGUAAACAUGUUGGACUCGAAAUAAAGAGAAGGGUUUCAGCUGUCAUGUGAAAUAUUUCAUUGAUUAGUGAAAUAUUUAAUAAACUACACUGAAAGAAAAGUGUCCGAAAUUUAACGUAGACAGGCUUUAGAAGAAACGCCGAAUCAAGGAAAGAUAAUGCAAUCCUCAUAAAAUCACUGUUAUUUUUUUAAUGUUGCCGAAACAAGUAUGAAUUUCUGGGAACGUAGAUGCAGACGCGGUUCAAAAUAGCAAGUCAAAAAGAGAGACAGAGAGAGAGGAAAAUGCAUUUUAUUCCUCAGCUUUAUUGUGCUGCAUCAACAUUUCGCAGCAAGUUCCGAAUGAAAAAUCGAGAUAACUAUUUUUAUUGGUACCCAAAACCAUACGUUUCGUUUCGUAUUCCGAAAAAAAACCGAAAAGUCCCAGAGUGUCGAUUUUUGAAAAAAAAAAAUAUUUCGAGAUGACACUAGAUCUCGUUUCAUUCAAUUUUAAGACACUUGAUAUCAAAAAAUUUUUUUUCAAAAACCCAGAUUUCCUUGGGUGAUUUUUCGAUUUUCAAAAAACUCAAACUUUGACCGUUUUACGCCACUCUCCCUUAAGUUGAAUAAUUUGAGCUAAUAUUUGGCAUGAGGUGUUUUUCUAGGUGGUGAACAUUUUUUAUGAGAAACUUUUUGAAAUUAGAGAUGACCAUUUUCAUUGGCACCCUAGUGACCCCCCUAUAUAGAAAUCAAAGACGUAGUCCUACGUCAACAUAGUCCUACAAUUUGACACGACUAUUGUUAACAGCUUAUUUAUUUAUAUCAUAACAUAUCGAGUUCAAAAUUUUGUGAACAUUCAUACGAAGAAUCGAAAUCUGACUACUUGGGGUGAAAACAUAACAAAACAUUAACAUCUUUCACAUACGCUCAAAUCACGGCUCCCCUCAAAUCUAUCAUCGUUGUCCCGCGCGAGAACUCCGCCAGCAAACCAUACCCAGAAAAUCACUCUGUCUCAUUUCGUUCAAAUUAAAUUAAAAUUUGAAAUUUUAAGCUCAGUGAACGGGGAAAUUUAAAAUGCCAAAACUGUCACCGCGGAGUGCAGCUAUCUCAUGCCAGCCCUAAGCGUCCGGUUUGCGAGGGUGUGUGUGGACGAUGUGACCUAACGAGGUUUGUGACGGAGAAUGAUGGGGCUACUCCUGCCAGUGAUACAAUACCGCUGCCUGGUGCACUUCGAGAUGGAAAAUCACGAGUUUGCUAGUUGGCUGUACCGUGGAAAUUCAUUACAAGAAUACCGUCAGAGAGAGAGAGAGAGAGAGAGAUCACGAUGAUGCCACUCGCGAUACCGUGGCAAGCUUAAAAUUUAAUAAAGGUUUGCUGAAUUUGAAGAGACUCUGAGCACCACUCCAGCUGUCGCUGUCAGGACCGAGCUCAGCCUCAUAGAGCCGAUGUAUAGCUUUUCUAUCUAUUUGCAACGGUGAUAUUGGACACUCUGCAGGGUAUCAGGGGUAAACCCGUCAUAACCCGAACAGCAUGUCCUUCGAAAAUAAGCACAAAAAAUAAUUUGUUCAUAAUCAACAGCAGUUCGGUUGGCCAUAAUAGAAAUGACGAAACAACAAGAACUAAGGAUAUGUUCGCUUGUUUUUUUUUAUCAUUUUUGUAUAGAUAAAAUACUCAAAUCUGAACAAUUGUUCAACACACUCCAUUGAGAUGCAUUCGAAAAAGGCAGUCUAAAGUAAACUAAAUGACUUUAUUAUUUAUUUAUUUUUUUUUGUAAAUCGUUGCUUCACGACAGCAUGUGAAGCUACCAAAAUUGAUCAAAUUGUAUGAUACAGAACUGCAUUGCUUCAAUGGAGACAUUGACCACGAUAAGUUUAUUUGCUAGAUAAAAUGAAACACAAUUAGGAAAAAUGUACAUUAUUGACAAAGAGACAAAAAAUUCGAGAAAAUAUAGUGAGCGGCAAGAAUCGUUACAUUGGUGAAAACAAAACUAAAUUUGAAGAGCUUUAUGUACAUUGUUUAAACUAUCGAAAAACAGAUACACACACAUUUAUCGAAAGGUAAUAGCAAAGCUAAACACUAUAUCCAAUUAGCAGAUAGACAAAAAAAAAUCAAAACAAACCAAAAUGAUGUCUAUGCAAUUCUGUGGAAUCCACAAAAAAGAGAAAGAAGAAUAACAUAAGAAGCACACUGAAGACUUAUACUCUAACUAAGGGUGUAAACGAGGAGAAGAAAUUUGAAAAUAGUUUUCGCUAGUUGAGUUUACUAGUUAAAAGAUGACAGAGAAAAACAGUUAUAUCAAAAAAGCGGAACAAACCUAUAUACACUUAGUUGAAAAUCGCCAAAAGUUUGGCAGGCUAAGAUUUGAGCUACGAGAAUUAUGAAACAAACAAAAAAAAUCUUACCUUUUAGGUAAACCCAAGCAAACAUGUAAUCAUACCAAUCAAUUGAGACUUUAUAUCCCCAAAAAAAAGCCAAACAAAAAGCCCAAAAUGCGAAGCACUAAAAUCAAAUAUGCAUGCAAGCGAAUAUUUUGCAAAUCCAAUUACGUCGGCCGGUCGCGAAUCGGAAGCAUCGAUUUCGAGUGCCGAGAACUCGUGCAAAAUUGUACGGCUUGCGAAUGGAUUGUGGAGAGACUGUGAAGAGGUAGACGCAAAUUAGAAGUGGAUCAUUUGUUGGAAGAUUAUUCAAUAAAAAGCACUGUAUAACAUGUGGAGCGAGAGACAGACAGACAGAG